AGCAGGAUGUCCUCUGUCAAUGACACUGCCUCAUAUCCUUCUGCCUUCCUUCUGCUGGGUAUACCUGGUCUGGAAGCCUUCCAUAUCUGGAUUGCUUUCCCUUUCUUUCUUGUUGCCUUGAUAGCCCUUAUGGGGAAUGUCACCAUCCUGUUUGUGAUCAAGACUGAGCAGAGUCUUCAUCAACCCAUGUUCUACUUUCUGGCUCUUCUCUCCUUUAUUGAUCUAGGCCUCUCCACAUCUACCAUAACCAAAAUGCUGGCCAUCUUCUGGCUCAACAUUAGAGAAAUAAGCUUUGAAGGCUGCCUCAUCCAAAUGUUCUUUAUUCACACGUACACUGGUAUGGAAUCUGUUGUACUCCUGGCCAUGGCAAUUGACCGCUUUGUUGCCAUCUGUUAUCCACUGAGAUAUACCACCAUUCUCACCAACAAGGUGGUAGCCAUCAUGGCCUCUGUUGUACUGGGGAGGCCAGUCCUCCUUGUCAUGCCUUUCUGUCCUCUUCUUAAAAGAUUGCCCUUCUGUGGACACUACAUUAUUCCUCACACCUACUGUGAGCAUAUGGGAAUUGCCCGUCUUGCCUGUGCUAACAUAAGAGUCAGCAUCAUCUAUGGCUUAUUUACCAUUGCUGCCCUGAUCUUUGACUUGAUCCUUAUUGCCCUCUCCUAUGUUCAGAUCCUACAAGCUGUUUUCCACCUUCCUUCCAAGGAUGCCAGACUCAAAGCCCUUAGCACAUGUGGUUCACAUGUCUGUGUUAUCUUAGCUUUUUACACACCAGCAUUUUUUUCCUUUAUGACCCACCGUUUUGGAAGAAAUAUUCCUCGCUACAUUCAUAUCCUCCUGGCCAAUCUAUAUGUGGUUGUUCCUCCUUGUUUAAAUCCAGUCAUUUAUGGGGUCAGGACAAAGCAAAUUCGGGACCAAGUUGUGAGAAUAUUUGGAAAGAAAGAGUGACUCAAUGUAUUCAGUAGUUGAUAAAUUCUUGUAAGCUAACCUUCAUCUUGUACAUCUCCCAGGGCAUCCAAAAUUGAGAUUACAUAAAGGCCACUAAGGCAUUAUUUUAGCCUUUAUUAGAGUCUCCUAAACUCACACUCAACAGUGCCUUCAUGUAAUCUCCA